CGUUCAUACAAUGACUUCAGCCCCGGCCAGUCCACAUCCAAGCAAGGAUCGUAUCGAGCAGUGGCGAGAAGAGACAUCUUUGACGCCAGAGCGAUCCCAUGGAAUCUUUGCGCGCAUUUCCGAUACUUGCCUAGGCCUGCUUCGCAUUUUGAUACAAAAAUCCAAUUCUACGUGGAUUGCAACAGCUGAAAAACGCACGCUUCGACAAUGUCACUCCAUGUUGCAACUCUGGGAGCAUGGCCAUGGCGUGACUGAAGGAAAACUUGACGAUCAUCUCGAGCGGUCAACAGAAGUCCGUCAAGCUGCUAUCGAAAUACUUGUCCACUUGCUUGGAUGCUUGUUAGAAGGGACGUCAAUGUUUGUCCUACCGCAUACCAACGAUGAGUUCAUCAUACAUCAAUGUACGCUAGCUUCAGAACUGUACAGUCAAAGAGGAUGGUUUUUGAAAGCUGGGGACGAGAGCUCAAGUGAAAGCGAGGAUGAAGGUGAGGACGAAGACGUGGAAGAUGACGACCCUUCAAGACGAGUACAUGCGAUGGUUCGCAGAGUCAAGACAUACACGAAUUGUAUAAUGGGUCUUGGGGCUGCCUUGGAAUGUCCAGCUCCAGAUGAUACUCACGACAAUAAGCCUGGCCUUACAGGAGUGGAAUCUCGCUCUGCGCAUGACUACCACACUGACCUGAUUCAAGCAAAGUAUCCCGCUGCUGACAUCCAGCUACUGCAGAUUCUGGGUCAAAUCAGUUGGUCGCGUUUUCUCCGCAUGCAGCAGGAACGCGACCACAACACUGCUGCCUCUGCUACCAAGUCCAUUGGUCCUGUGUCUGAGUUUCACGACUCGGGUAUCGGUACUUCGCUUCCAAACACACAAUCAUCAUAUGCUGAAUCGACUGUUUCUUUCAUGACCAGCAUAUCAUGUGGCGAACGAGUUCGGAUUCCACCACUGCCGGUGCAAGGGAAAAAAGGGCUUCCCUUUGAUUGUGUUGCGUGUGGGAAGUCGGUGCGGGCGACAAAUAACCGUGAAUGGAGGAAGCACCUGUAUGCUGACUUGCAACCUUACACCUGCUUUUAUCGUGAUUGUGAGUUCAACACGAAGCCGUUCUCCAGCCGUCAAGUGUGGGCGGAUCAUCUGGACCUGGAGCACAAAUUUGGGCCUGCCUGGGGAGAAGUCCAAUGUCCUCUUUGUUCAAGUGCUACGGGGACCGGAAAAAAUACCAUUUUGACGCAUUUCGCGCGACACAUGGAAGAUAUUGCUCUUGUUGCCCUGCCACCCGCAGUCGAAUCUGAUGAUGAGUCGGACGCCAGCGUACAAUCGUCCGAUUCAAUCAUCGAAGAUAGAGGCUCGUUGCUAGUCGAGAGUAUACGUUUUGCACAACAACGUAUCAUAGAUCUAUCGACACUUGAAAAUGAAGAUCUUGUUGACGAGUUUCGCGAUAAGAAAAAGAAAAAGAAGAGGGGCGUUGUGGUCGAAGAAGCUGCUCCUCCUGAAGAACCUACAAACAACGAUGAGUUUUUCGACCUUGCUAAAGACGAAGAUACGAAAGAGCUUUUGACUGAGCUUGAGGAACCUACUAGGAAGGAAGAGAAGGCGGCGACAGCGGCGGCUGCAGACAGCGGGUGGAGUUUUUGGGGUACUUCUCACCGAAAGACCAAGAUCGAUCCUCAGAAGGCGGAUAUGCCGGUGCAGCGUACUUUAAUCUCUGUACCUGACGUGGAACCUGAGGCGGAACCUGAACCUGAGCCCAUACGAAUACCAGCCGGCAAAGAAGCUUCAGCACCGCGAUCUAAGGAUAAAGCGGCAUCCCCGGAGGAUCCUGCAUCUGAUGUAGCUGCAAGUAAACCAACUUUGGGACACAGCCCUUCUCCACCUCCUUCUCCUCCCCCAAUUCCCUGUCGUUACAGCUCUCAUCACUUCAAGAUUAUCAAGUCGGACACGGCCCUAGUUGUCUGGAUGUGCAACCGGUGUCACAGCGGGCCCUUCACCUGGAUUUACGAGUGUGAUAUAUGCAGAGUCAAGAUAUGUCGACCCUGUGCGGCCAAGUCCUAAACUGCGCCAUCCUGCAGGCUCAAAUGGAAAGCUCGAUAGCUCCCUGGUCGUUGAUAAACGCUAUGCGCCUAUCAUUCGUGUACUUCAUCGCGGCUACUACAUAUUAGACAAUUAUACAUCAGUCCGUAUGGGUAAACUACAGGUUUAUUUCUUUUUUUUUAUCGUGAAAAGAAGCUGG